CUUUAAUAUGGUUGCGUGCGCGUAACAAGAAAAAAAUAUAUUUUAUGCAUAUUAAUAUUACAUGCAUAUAUUUCAGGCAUAUAUACGUAUGCAUAAACAUAUAUGUAGCAUAUGUGUAUGUAUGUAUGUUAUAUAUAUGUUACCGAUUCUCGAUUAAUAAAAUCAAAAUAUUUAUUUUCCAUUUCCAAAUGAUUGAUAUUUUAUAUUUAUUGCAUGACAUACUUGACUACAAAUCAUCAAAUUAAGAUCAAGUAUUUAUAUUAUAUUUAUUUAAAACAGUGUUUAUUCUGCAAUUGCAUUAUUAGGGAAAUAUGUCUUAUAUAUUAUGUAGGGAAAUAUUUCUUGAAAAUUAAAUUUUUAAUUGAUUUGAAUUACAUGCACGAUGCAAAAAAAAUAUUUGUAUGUCGUACAUAUGUAUGUACAUUGCAUGCGUGUAUUCAGGCAUAUGCGUAUGUAUAUGUAUACACAUAUAUCUAUAUACGUGACAGAUGCUGUGGAUGCCCAACAGGAAUGCCUUCUACAGUCAAGCACAGUCAAGUUCUCGCGGAGCACAAGAUAGAGGUAUGGUAGAAGAUAGAAAGUAUGAGAUUCUAAGCCGUAUUGAGUGCGAUGGAUAUCGAGGUACAUUGAAAUACGUCGGACCCGUCGGGAAUACCAAGGGAGAGUGGUUGGGCAUAGACUGGGACGAUUCGACUCGUGGCAAGCACAAUGGCACGUACGAAGGCGUAGAGUAUUUUCAAGCCAGACAUUCCACAUCGGGUUCUUUUAUACGACCGGGUAAAGCCAAGUUUGGGAUAUCUUGUCCACAAGCUAUCAAAAUGCGCUAUGGGCUAAUUGACGAUGAACUAGCAGGCAUAGAUAGGGACGAAGUGUCAAGUUUAAGGAAAGAAAUCAAUGCGCCGUUUUUGGAACUUGUUGGCUUUUCCAAAGUGAAUAAGAAACAGAGCAAGUUUGAUGAGCUGAAGAUAGUAUGGCUGAGAGAACAGUGUGUAUCCAAUGCAGGAGAGCCACAUGAAUUGGAAGAAUUGUGUCCUAAUUUGCAGGAACUGGAUUUAUCUAGAAAUUUAAUAAACUCGUGGAAAAUUGUAGUAGACAUAUGUUUACAGCUUCAUUGUUUAAUGCGUCUUAAUGUCAGUGAGAACCAUCUACCUAUCGAAGAUGUAAUAGCAUUAAAAGAUUUAUUUCCAACAGUUACUCAUUUAACUAUAGCUAGAAUGAAUUACAAUUGGUCUGAUAUUCGGCAAUGUAUAUCCAUGUUUCCAUCGAUCGCGGAACUUUCAGUCUCUUUUAAUAUUAUCACGACAAUAGAAGAUAUAAAGGCGAAUAAUAAUUUAAUGCAAAUAGUUACAUUAAUACUUGAAGGAAAUUUAAUAUCAAGCUGGGAUGAGAUACUUAAACUAGGUUCUCUUCCAUGCUUAGAAUAUCUUAAUUUGAAUUUAAAUAAAAUAGAUAGAAUAAGAUUUCCAUCUUCAACAUCAACAGAUAAGACUGCUUUGUUUCCUAUGCUACGUCAACUGCAUAUUUCAGAAAAUCACAUAUCUGAGUGGCAAUCGAUUAGCGAAUUGGAUAAACUAUCAAAUUUAGAAGACUUAAAAUUCAGAGGCAAUCCCAUUUUAGAGAACGAAAUUGUGGAAACUGCUCGACAAUUAAUAAUUGCAAGAAUAGCGAAAUUAAAGAUCUUAAAUGGUACAGAAAUACUUUCCAGCGAAAGAAGAGGCGCCGAGUAUGAUUAUUUAAAAUUGUAUUUACCAGUGUGGCUAGAAACCGAAAGCAAUUCAGAGAAGAGAAUGUCGUUUAUAACUGAACAUCCGCGAUAUCCUAUCUUAGUUGGAAAAUAUGGAAUUGCGGAUAUUCCUUCGGCUAAGCCAAAAGUAGAAAUGGUUUCCAAUGUGAUAACAGUGGAGUUUGUAUGUCCAGACGAUCCGCAUCAGCCAAAAGGGAUCAAGAGGAAAUUACUUAAAGAUAUGGAAGUUCAAAAAAUGAUUGGACUUGUUCAAAGACUUUUCAAAACCAGUGGAAAGAUUCCGACUCUUUCAUUUAUUCCACGGAAUCUAUCAAAUGAUGAAAUCUCAUUGGACAAACCACUGCAAGAGCUUAGUUAUUAUUCGAUACAGGAUGGUGAUCAAGUUCUUGUGAGGUGGUGAUAUCGAAUAAAUUAUAUUUUAUAAAUACAAUGUAUUUUCUACACUGUUAAAGUCCAUUCUAUGAUAUUUUGUUAUUAAAAUUUUUUUAAUUGCAA